AUGGCCAUACGCAUAACUACAAGUACCGGACCCCAGAAGUCCAAACUUAGCAAUUUAAGUAUCCAGCCUGCAGAUCAGGCUAUCAUCAAGGAUAUUCCAUUGUGGCAGAAUGGUUGCAACGUAACGUCCAGAAUCGACACUCGGGAUUCCCCCUUCCCUCACCAACGACAGGGCCUUGCUCGGCGGGCGUCCCCUAUCAAAUUCUCCGUAAAUCCUAGGAAAGCUGCCCUAAGCGGAUCUAUAUGUCUCUCACCCAGCGGGUGA